AUGGAUAUUCCUUAUAAAUUAGAUGGGAAGCUAGUAGAUAAUCAUACCAGGUGUUCACAUUACCAUUCAGAAGUUGAUAUUAUAGCCAUAAAAUUCAAAUGUUGUGGAAUUUAUUACCCAUGCUUUGAGUGUCAUGAUGAAUUAACUAACCAUCCAUCACAAAGAUGGUCAAUUGAAGAAAGAAAUACAUUGGCAAUUCUUUGUGGUUCAUGCUAUGGACAAUUAACUGUCAAUGAAUAUCAAAAUUGUCAAUCAAAGUGCAUAUUUUGUGAUUCAAAAUUUAAUCCAAAAUGUUCGCUCCACUCUCAUCUUUAUUUCGAUCAGGGCUGUGCUACAUAA